UUAAUCGAUUAUGAUAUAAACAAUUGUAAUUGACAAUAUAUUCUUAUGAAAAAAGUGUAUAUAAAAGAAGGACAAUGGCUCAAGUAGCGGAAGAAACAUAUCAGAAGAAAUCAGCCAAAUGCUUAAGAGUUCCAUUAAAGUCAAAGGAACAAAUAUACAUAAUAUUUUUAAUACCAGCCAUAGUUAAUUGCUUUAUAUACGUAAUACACUUUUCUGUUGAUUUAGUAGUCGCAAUACAACAUUUUAGAGAAAAUAACCCAGUAUGGGCUUGUAUUACAAUAUGCUUUAUGUAUGCCCCUGCUCUUGCCUACUUUAUUUUGACAAUUUCAAGACCAGACUGGUGGAUGACAGACGACGAUAAAAUGUAUAAAGGGACCUUCCUAUGGUUGCUGCUACAAGUGGGUAAAUUGAUAGCAUUUCCAUUAUUUGCUAUGUACAGAUAUGCCGGUCUCAUAGUAUUAUCGAUAGAUGCAAUAAUUUUAUCGGGUAAUUAUAGAAUACAAACGUUAAAUGUUGCUGCCGCACCAGCAGCGAUCGAACUGUAUUUUUUCCUCCAAGCUUGGUUUCAAGCUACUCCACAGGCAGUAUUUCAAACACAUUUAUUAUUUAAAGAAAAAUUUGCUUCUCGCACACAUCAAUCAGAAGCCGUGCAUAUUUUAUGUAUCUUAAUGUCAGUAUGCAUAAUGGCCAUUAGAACGACACAAUUUCAAAGAUACGAAAGUCAAAGAACAAAUGGAAGGAAGGUACCUUGGGCGAUGUGGUUGAAAAAAUUUAAAAUUGAGGAAUUAGAAAAUUUGGAAGAAAAGCAGCUUCUGCAAUCGUCAAUUUCACAUUUUCAGUCAGGAAUUGGAACCGAUCAAGAGCAAAAUAGCAAUGAAAAUUGUGAACAUAAACAAGAUUUAAGCAUUAACUUGGAGAAACAAAAUUGCUUAACACCACCAUUGCCACCAAAAAAUAUGAAAGUUAUUCCACCUCCGACUCCGCUUCGGGGUAUUACAUCAAUCACACGAUUACCCGUACCGGAGAUGCCAGCACCACCAAGACCAGAUUCCAUCGUUGGUGAUUCUGAGGAUGUUCAAAUUGAUGAAAUAGCAAAGUCGUUCGUAGAUGAUAUAAAGGCCGAUAGCGAUAGAGCCUUCGAAAGAAAUAAUAGCUCAAUAUUAUCAAAGCGCAAACAUUUUGCAAAAGAUUUAGAAAAUAACAAUCCCGUUAGGUCAUUUUCAUUUUUUCUGUGGUGGUUUUUGUUUAUAUUACCACGAGUUUUAUCAUUAGCAAUUUUUCUCGAAUUCUAUCCAAUGUAUUUAUUAGGCGUGCUCGGUACACACUAUACUCUUAUGAUUGCUUAUUUAUUUUAUUAUGCAAAAUAUUACGACGUAAUGAGUUUUUUUAUAAACUUGUGGCUUGGUUUAGUAUACAUAUUCAGUAUCAUUGAAUAUAGAGUUAAAUUCAAAUAUGCCGACAAAUGGCUUAUUUUUUACUAUAUAUUUGUAUUUAUACAAAAUAUUUUCAUGACAUUGGCUUGGUAUUUUUAUGGUGAUUGGGCAGGAUUUUGGUAUUCUUAUUCAUUUUACACAAUUUUUAUGUGUAUGAGUCUUUGUUUUUUAUCAACAAUUUUUUAUUACUUAUUAAAACCAAAAAAACGUAAA